AGUCAAUAUUUAUCACGUGACAAUUGAUAGUAUACCGGAUACUAGGAAUUAGGCCAAGUCUUAAUUGUUAAUUAGUCUUUUGUUUAUCACUAUACAUAAAUGAACGUUUUAAUUAUAAAUGACUACACGUAAUAGAGGAGUUAAACAAUUUGAUAAUGUCUAAUAACAAAGACUACCAUGUUGACUGGGUUGCUUACUUUCUUCACCAAUUUCCACACAUAAACUUUCAGUUCGAACAAGCAAACUCUACAUUCGACCCAGUUUCUGAAGAUUACAGGAACGGAGUGAUAUUCUUGGCAGCUUUACCCAUUGUUUGUUUAGUGGUAUUCCUGUUGUUGAUAUCAUGCUGUUUGUGCAUCAACUGUUGCUGUCGACAGAGACCCACAAAGAAAAAGAGCACAACUUGUGUUCGCUUCAUUACAGCCUUAUUCAUCAUCUUUGCAAUAGGUAGUGUAGCAGUAGGGUACUUUGGGAAUGAAGAAGGAAACAAAGGGGUACAGUCUACUGUUGAUGCCUUACAAGAUGCCAAUGAUACCUUGUCUGGUUCUCUUGCCACGUUGACAACAUUAGACAGCCUUACCAGCUCUAUCACACUAGCUGGUGUUGAAGCAUUAAAACAUGUGUUCAGUAAACAUUUAAAGAAUAUCACCCUGCGUGAUGAUGUCCUGAAACUUGCAGAUGAAAUCACGUCAAAAUCCAAUCAUGUUAAAGGUGAUAUAGACUACAUUAAAACUGAUGUGGGCAAGAUCUCUCUAGAUAAGCUGAUAGAUUACACACAGAAUUCAGAGUUCUACAGAUGGAUAGGCACAAUAGUUUUAUUGUCAUGGCAAGUGUUGGUGCUUCUGGUUUAUAUCAUAGCCACACUGAAAAAGUCCAAGUACUGGAUUGUCUGGGGGAUAAUAUUUGGAAUGUUCUCCCUUUUUCUUGUGUGGGCGGCAUUUGGUGUCUACCUAGGAGGAACUGUGGCAGUCAGUGAUUUUUGUGUAGAUCCCAAUGCUUUUGUGUUAAGAACAUUGGAGCCAAAGGUUUCACCAGAUGUGAUUGAAAGUUAUAUUGAAUGUAAAAACAACAAUUUUUCUAAGGCACUAGAUGAUGCUAGAGAUUAUGUAACAAAAGCUAAUGAGACUCUUAAUUUAGCUAUCAACAAAACACUACCAUACAAUAUAUCAAAAUAUCUGGAAGGCCCAGUACAAAUAAUCCGAGGAGAUCUUGGUUAUGCACAAGGAAAUAUAUCUAGCCUUGGUAACUCAGUAUACUGUGGACAGAUACACAGUAACUAUAUUAAAGCGUUGAAAGGACUUUGUAACAGAUCAUUAGUUGGGAUGUCAUUAAUACUGCUGAUACUACCCAUUCUUGGAUUAUCCUUCGUAUUCAUCCAGUGCCUUGCUCCAAAGAUAUGGUUACUGUUAGGAACAAGGAAGGAAUACAGAGUUGUUGAUGAUUCUGAUCCAUUCUUGCCGAGACCUCCCCCAUACAACAGCUAUGGUACCAUGGUAGAUGAGAGAGCACCAUUAAGUGAGGCAAGCUACUUAGAUGACUCAACUGUUAUGACAUCACAUCCCCGCACAGAAUCUGUUGGGUCAGAUUCCCCGCCCCCUGCUUACCGUAGAAUCAGCAGUUACUCUGAACAAGUACAUGAUCUGGGAACAUUCCCUACUCGUAAUUCGGGCGUGAAUCACUACGCUUCUACCAACAUUUAGUGUAUUAUCCUGGAAGUUUUGUAGAACAGUAUAACAAUCUGGGCACGUUUCCUAGGAGACAGAGGCAACAGAAUUAGGACAGCUUUAUUCUGACAGGUGUUCACUGUAUGUGCCUUCUCCAUCGUUACAUCAACAUAUGUUGGCAGAUUCCGCAGUGCGGACUUAAGGACAUUUGUAUCUGUGCAAUGGGUGAAACAAAUACUUAUAUUUGUUUGAAAUAAGGAAGGAAUAAUAAGCUAGUAUGACAGCGUAUAUGUUGACAAAGUAUACCAUUGAUCUUGUUUAGAUGAACAGAUAUUUUUAUACAUUUUUUGUGUGUUUUAUUUGAAAGAUAGAAUUUUUAAUUUUGCUUUUGUCAAAUUCAUUAAUGAUGUAAAUAUUCUAUGUUUGUUGACAGUAAUUCAAUAUGUGAAAGUUAAACGGUUUCAAGCUAAGUCCCUAAAAAUGAUAUCCUAUAGAAUGUUUUUUUCUAAUGCAUUUAAGUAAUAGGUCAACUAUAUAAAAACAUCAGUAGUGGUAUCGAUGUCUGUGUAACACUUGAUUAAGGUUUUGCAAGCACCAUUCUUUCUAUUUACUAUGUAAAAGUAUUCACUGAAAACUUGAUACUUAUUGUUUGGGUCUUAAUUGAAGGUCAUGACCCAGAACCAAGAACUUUAGUAUACAUUUUAAUUGAAUUAUUUCUUUUUAUGAAUUUAGAAAAUCUCUGUAUACUAUCAAACUUGGAGAAAAUUAGUGGAGUGCAUUAUCCAUGGAUAACACCUGUUUGUUUUUGUGUAUUUUUUAUAACCCUAAAAAAGUAUUAAGAGAAUAGAUAUUAUUUAAUGUUUCUUAUAUUUUAUAAAUCUUCUUUUUUUUUUAAUGUUUCACAAUUCCUUGUAAAUAGAUACUAAGAUAAUAGUCAGGGAUGAGAUUAAUUGUGAUGAUUGUUAUAAAUGCAAUUAAUAGUAUUAUUAAACUGGUUUUAUAAUUUUGUAAUCAUGUAUUUUAACAUGCCAUUAUUAUAAUGUUUAAAUAUUUUUAUGUACUGUUCUUUUGUUGUUGUUUUUUUGUGUGUAAAUAUCAAAAUUUUUACUAGUCUUUUGUAAAAGAAACAUUUUAAAAUUGAUAUUCUUUGUAAUAGAUAACAAUUUUAAUUAAGGAAUAUAAAUUUUUUUAAUUUUAAACAUUUUGAUUUAUGUUAUUGAGUGUAAUGUGUAUAUACAAUGAGAUUUUGUUAUUGAUCAUUAUAUUUUUCAAUGCUCAUGUAGUUGUGGUCUUUAUCACAGGUUGUACUGUACCAUAUAUAAUCAUAAUGGAUGUAAUAUAUGAUGUCUGAUGUACCAAGUAUAUACCAUUAUAAUACUGCAUGUUUGUAACAUCACUUUUUAUUGGAUAAUCUUGACGUUUAUAUAGCUGCUGUCGAUUCAUGAAGAUAUCUUACAUUUUUCUCUAAAAAAUGAUGCUUGCUGUAUUAUAAAUUCGUUAUAAAGAUUGUUUACAGGUUAUAUGGCCGUAUAUAAACGGCUGUUUGCAAUAUAACCAUCGCCUAGCGGCUCGGGUUAUAUUUACCAAUAGCCGUUUAUAUAGGGCCAUAUAACCUGUCAACAAUCUUUAUAACUUAUAACAUAAAGGUGCCAUCAUGAACUGGGAUAUUGUCAUAUUUGUUAUUUCUUAAAAGUGUAUGAAAGAGAAUAUUUCCAAAACAGCUGUAAGAAAGAAAUACAAUUGUAUAUCUCUUUAAGAACUAAUUGGGUAUGCACCAGAUCAUUGCUAAAUUAUAAAAACCCUACUUAAAAUAGCAGAAUAUGAUUUGUUCUUGAACAAUUUAUUUGAUUUUUGUAUACAAUAUUAAUGUGUAAAAUAACAGAGAGAUUUUUUUUUUACAACUCUUACAAGAAUUGAGUUUAAAAUUAUGAAAACAAAAUAAUUUCGCAGUUUUUAAGUUGUAUAAAAAUAUCUUAAGAUUUAGCUUUAUACACUUUAUUAAAAUCUUACUGCAUAUAUAUUUUUAAAUAUAUUGUACAUGUUUACUUUUAUUAUUUUUGACUAUGUUGAAGCUAAAAUGAAAUGUUUUCUAAUCAUGCCAUCUCCAUUAGUUUAAUGGAGAAGGGUUUGUAAGUAUGAUCACUGCUAGGUUCCUGAGAUAUGAUGCUUCUGUAAUCUUGGGAGACUGUCAAUGUUUUAUGUAGGGAAUUGAUCUUUAUUGCCAAAACUACUGAGUUAAAAUCGUUAUAAGGUAAAGAUUACUUUGUGAAAUGAAAAUACAAUAAAAGUUGAUAUUCUAUGUCAUGUUGGUAUGUGUGUGCAAUCAACUUUGUUGGAUAUGAUAAUUUACAGUAAUAAUUUAGUGCUAUAAAUAAAUGUUGAAAUCCAUACUUGUUUACAUUACUCCUCAUUAACUGUAUCAUUUCUGUUCAUUCAUUAUCAUUAUUUGUUUCAUGUUUAUUUUCAUAUUGACUUAGAGCUCAUACUUUCACACCAAUCAUGUUCAUGUCUUAAUUAAAACGGAGGGGGCACUAUGGCCGAGUGGUUACCAUUACUGACAUUAAGUGCUUGUCAGUGCAGCUUAGAACUAUGAAUCUUUACAUGUGAGGAAGUUGUUAAGAUAUGGUAGGUCAGAGGUUCUACAAGAGAGAAUUAAUGCAUGGAGGUAUUCCUCCACCAGUUUUGCAUUUGUCAUCUCGACACAAAAUUAUUUUUACUGCAUAUAAGUAUAUUACAUUUGUAGUACAAAAUUUAUUGAUGUUCAUUCAAAAAUGAAUAUCAUCAUCUUUUAUUUUAAGUCAGUAAUGCUUUUAUGUGUUAGAUUUACAUAGUUUUGAAAGUAUCCUGUCAAAAAAUAGUGUGUGUUUAAAGCGAACAAUGUUGUGAUUAAGAAAGUUGAAUUUAUUUUUCUAUUAUUUUCUAUUAUAAAUAGACCGUUCUUUUCUGUGUUUCUGUUCAUGUAGGUUUCUCUGUAAAAAGAAUACAGUACAUACAUUUAUUUUGUUUUGUCAAUCAUUUACAAUAUGUGAUGCCAUCUUUUAAGAAAACUUUUUUGCAAUGAAAAUAUCUUAAUGCCAUCAAAUAACUAAGCUACUUUUGACUGUAAAUUUGCUUGAUAAACAAGUUACUUGAAAAUUAAAUUAUUUAAUAAUGGAUGCAAAAACAUUAGAAUUUUGAUAAAUUUUUACUUUUAAACAAAUUCACAUGUAAGUAAUUAAUUUAAAUCAGACUGUCUAAAUGUUUAAUGUGUUUUCAGAACAAAAAAGAAACUACUGUCAAAGAUGUUUAAAGCAAAUAAUUUGUAUGUGUGUAUAAGUAUUUGAGUUAUUUUAUCUGGUUUGUUAUGCUAUUAUUCAUUUGUUCACAUUAUUAACCAAAGAGUUUGUAAAUCUUUAGAUGGCCAUAAAUGUAUGAUACUCAUCAAGUUGAUCUUAAUCAACUUUAAAACAUAUAUAAUCAAAAUUAAACUCCAUGUUAAUGUUAAGGUUGUAAGUUUAACUACAUGUAUAACAUGUAAAGCAAUUAUUACCUCCCCUUGGCCUGCAUUAUGAGGAUCAUUACCAAUUUAUUAUAUACCUAAGAUAAGAAAAAAAAUCUUAUAAUAUUAUUCUAUUCAUGAAAACUGAUAAAAAAAAAUCUUUUACAUUUUGGUGCUUACAUAGUAUUUUCCUACAUAUAUGUAAAAGAAUUUGAUAAUUCACCUAAAUAAGCUGUUUUAUUUUUUUACUAUUUUGUCAAUUAAAUUAUUAUAGAUUAUGGUAUUGACCCCCAAAAUGGAUGCCACUUUUGGCAAGGGAGAUCAGUUAUAAAAAAAAUCAGGAACUAUCAAAAUGUGGCUCUGUUUUCAUUCAAGCUGUGAUUGAUAGAGAAAUUAGACAAUCAUAUAAAGUGCCUUCUAGUAUUUACAUUUUUGUCAAUUAUAUGUCAAUACUUGAUUAUAAACAAUUUGUAAAGAUGUUUUUGUGAUCAAGGGUAGAUAUAUGCAUAUUUGAACAGGGUUUUAGCAUAUAUGUAACUGUAAAACAGUUUACCAGUAUAACUUUCUUGCAUGUGAUGAUUAUUGCAGUAAAUAUGGUAAGGAUUGCCCCAAUGUUUACAAUAUUUAUUUUUUAUGCAAUUGGAAUUAACAAUUUACAAAUUCUUCUAGAUUAAGAAAUUAUACUUGUAGAAGUAGUCUUCCAAAUAUGUUAUUAAUUGAAAUUAAGACGCCCCCACAAGUGACACAUAGAUUCCUGUUGAUCUAGAACAACAUGGACAGAAUCACUGGUAGAUAAAAUACCUUUUUGACAGCACUACAGAAACAUUUUCAUUGUUUCAAAAUAAAAAAGCAAACAAACAAAUUGUUUGAGCUGUCACUUGGCUAUAUAUAUAUAUUGCAUUUAGAUAAUGAUAAAUUGUUUAUUUUGGCAUGUUUAUGAAGGUAUAAGCCCUCUCUAUCAGUAAUUCAAUUCUCUGUUAAACCUGUAGACUAAUCAAUACAUACUGUCACAAUAUUACCUUGUUAUAUAUGAAAUUAUGAACACAUCCAGUAUUUUGAUAUUUCAUUGCCUCUUAUAACUUGUUUUGUAUUCAUAUUUAUGGCUUUGAUUUUACAUAGGUCAAGUUAAAUACUGAUUUCCUUGGUAAAAAAAAAUAACAUUAAAAUCUGUGUGUACAUAAACUCAAUAUAUCAAUUUUACAAAUGUUUAUCUGCCCUUAAAAUUGUCCCGUAAUUUUAUUGAGAAUUUUACCUGUCUAUAGUACUUGUUUUUAUUUCAUCAUAAAAUCAUAGUCGGGAAUUUAUUAUAGAUUUUUUUAUAAAGAAAAGAAAUAAUUUUUUUGUUAUUAGUUUGCUAAAAGACAUGGGGUUACUUCGUCAUUUUUUACCUAUGCAAUGACACUUUUACUUAAUGCAAGGACUGUUUUAUACUCAUUUUUUAUGAUUUAAAAAGUUAUUUUAAUACUCUGUAAUAUGCUGUUGUAAAAUAUUAAAAAAUAACUUCAUA